AUGAGCCAAGCGCAGUCAUAUCUCGUGAGCAGGAUGAGGGACUAUAACCUGGACUCAACGAAUGUGGCAUUAGUAUUGCCAAAGACACGCUCUGACGACAUUCGGUGGCUCCAGAAAUACAUCAAGACCCAACCCAACACUACACCAUUUAUAUACUCGAUGAGCAAACGUCGCGAAAAGGAUUUACUUAUUCCGCGUUCAUCUCGUGGCCGCGAAGUCUCCGCUUACCUCUCAUACAUCCUCGACCACUAUGACAAGCUGCCGCCAGUUUCAAUAUUCAUCCAUGCUGGCGAAGAACAACGCCACAAUGACUUGUUUGGGCCGAAAACCAAGGUGGUGCUGGAGAAUUUACGUCUCGAGGCCGUGGAGGCAAAAGGAUAUUUGAAUUUGCGGUGUCUACAUUCACCAGGAUGUCCUAGUCAUGUCCAUCCCAACAACCCCACUGCAAUCGACAUCAAGAACCGAGAUACGCGCGCAUAUCUUGCGCAGAUUUAUAAGGAACUCUUUGGGGCGGACAAGCCUGUGCCAGAUGUUAUUGGAGGCAUCUGCUGCGCGCAGUUUGCCGCGAGCCGGGAUCAAAUACGGCGACGACCAAAGAGCGAUUAUGAGCGAAUGAUGAACUGGGUGGACAAGGGAAGUGCGCAGCUUGUGGAUAGCUACGGCGUUGGGUGGGUUUUCGAGGUGGUAUGGCAUAUCGUUUUCAGCAUGGAAGAUAUCCACUGCCCUAUCUAUGAGCAAUGUCGAUGCGACAAUUACGGGUGGUGUGGGCCGCUGUCUUCAGGCGAGAUUUUGACGCCGGUCACAAUGCUUGGGAAUACCACGAGGAGAGACUAG